GGCUGGGAGAGAGGGUGAUGUCAUAGAGUGGAUGAGGGCAUCACAAUGCCAGCCCCCUGAGGCCCCUCUCAGAGGCACAGGACCUUUCUCCCCUUUGAUGGCUCCAACGUGCCACGGCUAGAUCCCCUGCCAGGACCUGAUGCCCUGGGCCCAGAGCUCAGGAGAAUGGGUUGCAGCUCUAAUCUGGGACUUUCCAAACUUAGUUCAAGUUCCACAGCAAACUGGGACCUCCUCUCCACAUUUCCAAGUCUAUAGUCAUGCAGCUUUGGGAGCUGCGGUGGGUCAGCUCUCUCCAUCAAGUGUGGACUUGGACCAGUGGCUCAGACUCUUCUAAACUUCGGUUUCCUCAUCUGUGAGAUGGGAAUAAUAAUACCUGCUUCAAAGAUCCUUAAGAGUUUAAAUCAGAAGAUGACUAGACAGUGUUAAGCACAACGUCUGGCGGGUAGCAAACGUCCAAUAAAUGUUAGCUGCCGUUACUUUAUUAAUCUAUUAGUUCGCCCAGGGCUGGUGUCCUUGGCUGCUCCCUUCCUAAAUGCCUCUCUUCGUCUGGUUGGCUUGUGAUGGUGGUGGGGGGGUCUGGAAUCCCGCGUCCCCUCUGGGGCAGGGGGGCUCCCCGAGCCCCUUCCGGCCACGCGGUGGAGCUGGAGGGCCAUCUCCGGCCACUGAGGCCCCGACUGCCACGCCGCUCCUCGCUCGCAACCACCGCAGCGGCUCCAGCUGGGAAAGCGGCGCCCCGCCCCGCUCCGCCCCGCCCCCUCUUGCCACGGGGUUCCGCGCGCCCGGCCGCCGGUGGCAGGGCCUCCCACGUUCACCACCCGGCCUCCGGUGCCCGCUUUACAGGUGGCGGCCCCGGGGAGAAGCCGUCUCAGACUCGGGGCGUCACCCCUCAGCAACCCGGGCGGACGUGGGGUUCCCCGAGUGCCCGGCUCCUGCGGAGAGUGGAAGAGCCCGGGGGCCCCACCCGCACCAGCCUUUGGGGGCCCCCAGCGAGGGGCUCAACUCGCAGGCGUUUGCGGGAAUGGCCAGAUGUCACAGAGAGGACCUGGGCCCGGAGCCCCACUCCUGACCCUUACGUCGUCCUUAGCGCCCCCACUAGGAAACCAGUGUUGCCUGGAGCGUGGGGAGCGUGAGCCUGCCGGCUCUUCCCCUGCCCCGCUUGGUCCACUUAUUCAUCGUCUCUGCACCACAUCCUUCCAGUUUAGACCUGGCUUUUUCUUUGG